GAGGAGGCGCGUGUGCGCGGCGGAUCUGGUGAGCUGCCUGAACUGCCACCUGCAGCUGGCGGUGGUCUCCAUCAGGCUUGGGGACUGCGGCGGAGGGGACGCUUGCAGCUGUCACCACCUGCGCCUGACGGAGCAUGGUCGAGAUGUCGGCUCGUCCGGGUGCGACAUUGACCGUGACCUGUCCGUGACCUCCGUGGGGCGGACGAUGGACGUGCGCUUCUCGUAUUCUGAGGCGCUAACAGGAGAAGUUCACUUCAGGGUCGUCUCCAAAGAGAACGUGUUCAGCUACGGUGACCCGUCCGAGGUGGCGGAGUCGGCCCGGUUUCCGGCCGGCUACCCGGCCCACUACGCGGCCGAGUACGUCAUCCGGCGACCGGCCGACGACCACCGCUCUGCCAUCCUGCUCUCCUUCACCGACUACCUCCUCGCACCCUGGGCGCUACUCGAGGUGACGGACGCCGAUGGCAGCCGCGUGGCCAGCUACACCGGAGACGUCUUCCGGCCGCCGGUCACCGUGACCAACACCUCGGCGCUGCACCUGCACUUCCACGCCAACGGUCGGCCGGGCAUCGGCUUCCGCGCCAAGUUCGACUUCGUCCCGCCACCGCUGGACGGGGCGCCGCUCUUGCCGCCGCGCACCGACUGCGGCGGUGUGGUGCUCAGCGCUGGCGGCGCCAUCACCAUGCUGAACAUGACGCACGCCGGCACCGUCUGGUACGACUGUGUAUGGCUGCUGCGCGCGCGCCUGCCUGGCGGCCACGCCGGCCGGCUAGCCCUCCGGCUCAGCGUCUUCAGAGGCUUCGCUCCCGGAAGCCGCCUGAAAAUAGUUGACGGACCGACCACCAGAGGCGCUACCGUCACCCUGGUCACAUCUGACCUGAGCGGGGCGGAGGCGAGCGCCGAGCACGUGGUAGACGCAGACGGCAGCUUCUACGUGCAUCUGCAGGCUGGAUUCAGGCCCUCCUCCCAGCUGGCUCUUAUUUACUCAUCCUUCCGACUUGGAGAUUGCGGAGCUCAUCGUGAGAUGGCGUGCGGCGACGGCCGCUGCAUCGCCCAAUUUCUCAAGUGCGACGGCUUCGCCCACUGCCCGGACAAGUCGGACGAGGCCGACUCCUGUUACACCUACUCACUGUCGACCAGCCUGGGGGUGCAGAACGAGGACACGUGGACGCUGAAUCCGCCCAACUUCUACUUCCCCGGCCCGAGCCACUCGAUGGCGUCGAUAGAGUCGGCCACGCUCUCGCUGCUGGCCAUGUGCCUCAUCAUCGUGCUCACCAUGACAUCUGCGGUCAUCUUCAUCUACUCUAACGGCCGGGUGGCAGAGCGACGCGCCCGAAACCGCCUCCUGCGGAGCAUCUCCGAUCUCAUGCGAGAGUCCAGCGUGGAGGUGGUGAGCGCUGCACCGGACGAGCCACCCGUCUACGAACCGCCGCCAGACUACGAACAGAUCGUGCACUGUUUUGCCGUCCAUCGGAAACCCAAGAAGAAGCGGGGGAAGAAGGCGGCGCAGCGGCCGCACUCCAGGCUACCAAACCUGCGCCUCCAGCUGUCAACGGAGCUGAACGCGGCGCUGUUCCGGGGACCGCGACGUCAGCUGCCGCGGCACAACACCGUGCCGAGCUUGCACCACUUUAGCGGCCACCUUGAGGCCGCCGACCCGGCCGACGACCUAGCUUAA